CAUAGGUUUUGAACCUCAUCGACCGCGCGCAGAGCUAAUGAAUUAGCUAAACAUUGUAAGAAUUUUUGCCAAUUUACGAGGUCAAGUCAUCAAUUUUUACCUGCCGACUUUGUUAAUCUUGUUCUUUCGGGUGCGCGGAUUGAUCCAAAGAUGGAUCUCCAGAAAAUCAUCCACGAUUCACUGUACGACUUCAUUUUGUCAUAUAUACCGCACGCGGAUCUGAGUACACUAGAUGAUGUGAUUUUGUCCUACAUCACCGGGGUGCUGGAAGAUUUGGGAUCUCAAGAAAGUGUGGAGGAGAACUUUGAUGUAGAGGUUUUUGUUGAAAUGCUUGAGGCUUACAUCCCUGGUUUUUCCGAAAUUGACAGUGUCAAAGUUUGUGAAAUGAUGUUUAAUUUGGCAUCAAAGUUGGCUUCGGCACGGGACACAGAAUCUGGAGAGAUAAACUUAGGAGAGAGUACAUUUUCCCUCUCCGAAAGCUCUGUUCUAACACAUGGAGACUCGGGAGCAAAGACACACAACUUCACAUCACAUGCAGAUGGAGCCACAGCUAAAGUGAGUGAAUCUGCAUGGGAUAGCCAGGAGCAGCAUCUCCUUGAGAUGUUUCCCAAGUGCAGUGUGACAGAGGCCAGAAGUGCAUUGUCUAUUGCUAAAGGAGAUAUGGAGGAAGCUGUUCGCCUCAUUAUUGAGGGUGAUGUCCAGCUUAAGUGCCCUGCAUCUCUCAAUGCAAAUCAAGGGAAGGCAGUGUCUGCAGAAGUUGAUCAGAAACUUAAAGCAAGCAUUUUAGAAAAGUACAUGCUGGUUGACAGUGAAGAAGAUAAAAAAGUACACAGACCAGUCACUCCAAAAGAUGCCCCUAAGAAACUGGUGCGCUACCACGGAAGUCAGGUGGUCACCACAAAGGGAGAGCGGUACCAUCUUGUCAAGAAAGAGGAAACAGAAGAUAUGAAGAAGACCUACGUUAGUCUCAAACCAGCAAGGAAAUAUCGCUUUCAUUAAUGAAAAGCACCUUGUUGAUGGACAAUGCAGGUUGUAUAUAUACAACCCCAAUUCCGAAAAAGUUGGGACGGUAUGAAAAAUGCUAAUAAAAACAAA